AGUAAUAAUUAUUGUCAAUUAAUUAAUUAAACAAAUGCAUCAUGAUUGGUGGAAAAACAGUACGUGCAAAUUACGUACACAUAAAUGAUCCGUCAGCAUCAUCAUACUUGUAUGAAAAUCAUGAUAAAAAUCAUCAAUUAGAUAUAAAACAAAAUCAGGAUACACAAGUGUUACUUGUUAAUGAAUCAAAAGAUGGAUUAUUACAUCCACGAGCACUUUUAUUUUUGGCUUUAUGGUAUAUUUUUAGUGGAUGUACACUUUUUUUAAAUAAAUAUAUUCUAUCAUAUAUGAAUGGUGAUCCAACAAUUUUAGGAGCUUUUCAAAUGUUGGCAACAGCAGUAUGUGGAUUUAUACAAAUGUAUUAUCCAUGUGGAAUGUACAAAUCAACAUCAAGACUAGUCAGACCACCUGGUUUUUAUAAACAUAUGAUAUUAGUUGGAUGUACAAGAUUUACAACAGUUGUACUUGGUUUAAUUGCAUUAAAUUAUGUUGCUGUUAGUUUUACAGAAACAAUUAAAAGUAGUGCACCAUUAUUUACUGUUGUCAUUAGUAGAUAUCUUUUAGGUGAAAAAACUGGUUUAUAUGUUAAUUUAUCAUUAAUUCCUGUAAUGGGAGGUUUAGCAUUGUGUUCAGUUAAUGAAAUUAGUUUCGAUUUACGUGGUUUUAUUGCUGCAAUGGCAACAAAUUUAACUGAAUGUUUACAAAAUGUUUAUUCAAAAAUGCUUAUAAGUGGUGAUAAAUUUAAAUAUACACCAGCUGAAUUACAAUUUUAUACAAGUCUUUCAUCGAUAUUUGUACAAAUACCAGUGUCAUUGAUAUUUGUUGAUUUAUCAGCACUUCAACAUUCCCUAAGUAUUCCAGUAUUAUCAGCAUUUAUUUUAAAUGGUAUAUUCUUCCAUUUUCAAAGUAUAACAGCAUAUGUACUUAUGGAUUAUAUUAGUCCAGUAACACACAGUGUUGCAAAUACUGCUAAACGAGCAUUUUUAAUUUGGCUAUCAGUUAUAUUAUUUGAUAAUCCAAUAACUGGAUUAUCAGCACUUGGAACAUGUACAGUUAUUGCUGGUGUACUUUUAUAUAAUCGUGCUCAAGAAUAUGAUAGAAAUAAAAUGAUGAAAAUGAAAUUUAAUUCGAAAAUUAAUAUACAAUAA